AUGACGGAGGUGCAUGACAAUGGUGGCACACAAAACCAUAGCCUCAAGAAGUUGCAGAUUGUAGCUGUAACGAGUGUGAAACCAGCGAAGGAGACUGAAUCACGUCAAGUUCGUCAAGUUUUGGUGAGUGACGAUCACAGUGUCCACCCAAGAACCAUUGAUGGAUGCUACCAAAUAGUACUGUACUAUGAGAAGUUGAAUGAGGAGGAACGUAGUUGGUGUUUGGCUGGUUGGAUUGUGGAGUCACUAACAAGGGCACUAAUGGAGCACCCUCUACUUGCUGGUCGACUCCAAAGAAGAGGGGGGGUUGGUGGUGACACUCACAAGUGCUUGGAAAUUGUGUCCAAUGAUUCUGGCAUUCGAUUCUUGGAGGCACGGUACCCAACGAGCUUGUCACAGUUUCUCGAGUUGAACAAAAAGGAACAUCUUGAGGCCGAGCUUGUUUUCUGGAAGGAAAUUGAUGACCAGUGUCUUGAGUUCUCUCCCCUUGUUUACAUUCAGGUGACCAACUUCGAAUGUGGAGGAUACUCUAUUGGUAUCAGUUGCAGCCUGCUGUUGGCAGAGAUUUUGAUAGUUGAGAACUUCCUUAAGAAAUGGGCUGAAAUACACAAAAUGUUACCCCAAAAUGAAGAAAUUAAGACACCCACAUUUUACUACCCUGAUCUCAAAAUUCAUGAGCCCCUCCCAUCUUACAUAAUCAGCCAAACUGAAAACAAAAAUGGAGUUCUAAGCACGGUAUUCGAAGUAACUACCAAGGAUGCAAAUUUCAGCAAGGAAUUAGCCCUGCUUUGUGUUGAGGAUGCAGAACGAAAGCUAAACCUAAAAAUGGGUUCAGAUUUUUCUUUGGUCGUGAAAAAAUCAUCGGAGAUCAUCAAGGUAGAAAGUUGCUCCAAGAGUGGAUACAAUAUGCAAGGAUUGGGCCUAAAGAACCAAAUCACUCGUGCCACGUGGAACGAUUUUGGAGCGUACGAGGUAGCAUUUCAUGAAGGAAAUAAGCCUGUCCUCGUUUCUUGUUGGAUUGGAUUCGUUGCUGAUGUUGCACACGUUAUGGCAGUCCCAUGCCCAAAGGAGAAUGCUUUUGCUGUGAUUGUAGUUUCACCCCCUCUUGAAAUAAAACUCUAAAAACAUGUUUUGUACAAUAAGGCCGGAUAAUAUAACGUCUGAUUAAAUUUUAAUACCCAUCAGUUUCAACUCUUUAAGUCAUCUUAUAUU